AUGCUUUACGAAUUCAGGUUAUGGUAUCCAUUUGGUCUACCGGCGCCAAUUCACUGGAAAUAUAUUUUUGACCGCCUUAACGACGGUGUUCGUAUGCUAUGGUCUGAUGGCGGGAAUACCUAUAUUAACUUGCCUCCUAACAUGGUUAUCGACACGACAUUGCUUGAUGGAAAAAAAAGGAGCUCUACUUUCAAUGAACUUGAUAAUAAUCGGGCUGUUACCCUUGAAGAAGUGUUUCCGAUUGCCGAGAUGUUUCAUAUUGAGAGUUAUGGCGAAGCAGUCCUGUUUGUUUUGCAAUUAAAUGCGCGGCUAACGCUGUCUGUGGUUUUGUAUUUUGGUCUCAUACUUGGACUUCAUAACAAUGCUAUUAAUUCCGUCGUUUUUUAUAUCUAUACGAUCUUUCUUCCCGCUUAUCUAUGGUUGUAUCCACAACGAAAGGUUACUUAUCCCGAUGAAAAAGCUAUCCAUCAUUCUUAUUUCAGCUUUGGCGAAUCUCAUGAACAUAAAUUGAGAGCCAUUAAAGGGAAAGAAAAAAGUAUCUAUUGGAAAUACUUUGCCUAUAUCAGGUUCUCUGCCCUUGUUAUUCUGGAUGGCUUAUGUGGAAUGUCUGGGUUCCUGCCAAGAGCAAUACAGGCGAUCUUGUUCUUUAACAUUUAUUUUACAUCGCCAACAGAGGUAUCAAAAGAUAUUUGGGACAACUAUGUUAAGGGCUUUUUUUCCGUACUUUUUAAUGGCCUAAAUUUCCUUGCUAGCUUCAUCGCUUUCGGUGACGAAGCUUCUCAAAACAUUGGAAAAUCCAAACCUAAUGCAUCUGAGAAAUCUGAGAAAUAUGAGAAAUAUGAGAAAUCUACCUCUACAAUUGAUGAACAAACAUCUAACCCUAAAAAGCCAAGCAAUCCUGAGGACCAGAAAAAGCUUGAUAAUAAGGCUAACCCUAAAGAUACUAUUAGCUCUGAACCCUCUAAUGUUACAAAUAGCUUUGAAAAAAACAUAAAUGAGAGCAUCGAUUCUCUCAAUCGUUAG